AUGACAUCAAAGAGAAAUAAGUCAUCUUCAUCGUCUUCAACAUCAUCACCUUUAACUACUUCCGAUGACAGAAAUGACGUUAAGAGUUUAAAGGUUGCAUUCUUACAUCCGGACUUGGGUAUUGGUGGUGCCGAGCGUUUGGUUGUCGAUGCAGCGUUGGCGCUAAAGUGUAAGGGUCACGACGUCACCAUCUAUACAUCGCGUCACGAUCCACGUCGUUCCUUCAAGGAGACACACAACGGUGAGUUGAAAGUAAAGGUUGCCGGUUCAUUCUUCCCGCGAUCCAUCGGCAAUCGAUUCAUGGUGUUGUGUGCCAUCAUUCGUAACCUACUCUGUGCACUCUCGAUUGUGUUCAGCGGCGUUCACUACGACCUGUUGUUCAUCGACCAAAUCUCAGAGGCUAUUCCCAUGUUGAAGCUGCUGAUGCCACGCACCAAAGUUUUGUUCUACUGCCACUUCCCAGACAAGCUGCUGACACAGCGCGAGUCGCUACUCAAGCGUGUCUACAGAGCGCCAGUCGACUGGCUCGAAGAAAAGACAACGGGAUGCGCCGAUCGCACCGUCGUAAACUCUAAAUUCACAGCUUCCAUUUUCGCUCAGCAUUUCCCUUCGAUUCGCACGGAACCCGCUGUACUCUAUCCUUGUUUGAACUUGAAGCAAUACGAUGAAACACAGGCUAGUCGUGAAGGACUGGACAUCCCUAGUGACGACGACAACCGAAUGUUAAUCCUCUCGAUUAACCGUUACGAAAGAAAGAAGAAUCUGAAUUUGGCGUUGGAAGCAUUCGCCCUGACUCUGAAACAAUCACCCACUACUCCGAUUCAGCUGGUGUUUGCCGGUGGAUAUGACCCUGGAUUGCGUGAGAACGUAGAGCAUCUCCAAGAGCUAAAGGAACGCGCCAAACAACUGGGCAUUGAGGAUCGCGUCAGUUUCGUUUGUUCAUUCAAUGAAGAACAACGUUCAUGGCUACUGAGAAACUCGUCGUGUUUGGUUUACACCCCGUCCAACGAACACUUUGGAAUUACACCUCUCGAAGGCAUGUAUAUGCGAAUUCCAGUGAUUGCAGUAUCGAGCGGCGGACCUUUGGAAACCGUCAAGCAUAAACAAACAGGAUUCCUAUGCGAACCAACUCCAGAGCAAUUCAGUCAGGCAUUCCUCGAAAUCAUCAAUGACCCAAGUAGCGCCAAGUCGAUGGGUGCCGCCGGUAGAAAAUGGGUCGAAUCCGAAUUUUCAUUCACUCACUUUUCAAAUAGAUUAGAUCAUAUAGCUCAAUCAAUGGUAUCAAAUAAUAGAAACAAUAAAUUUCAAAAAGUAUUAAUCAUUUUUAUUAUCUUUAUCUGUUUGUAUUGCCAACAACAAAUUACUGCUGCCACUGCCAACAACAUAAUGUCAUCUACAACUUCUACUACUGCUAACACCAAGAGUAAUGGUGAUGCUUCUCCAUCGCUAGACUUUGAACUUGUUGAAAAAUUACAAGAGACCAACCUCAAUACCUUUGAGGAAGUACCUCCAAAGAAUACCUGCUGUGAUCAAAGUACCAAUAAGACUUGUACUGAAGAUCAAGAAUGCUGCGUAGAUCGCUCCCAAUGUAAGUUAAACACUAUUGAGUGUAGCUCUCCAGCUGGACAAGAACUUUCCGGAUUUGAAUGUGGACCACACCGUCACCAUGGAUAUCACGGUCACCACGGACAUCAUGGUCAUUGUCCUCAUGGUCGUCAUGGUCAUCACGGACACUAUGGUCGUCAUGGUCAUCACGGUCAUCACGAUCACCAUGGACACCAUGGUCAUUGUCCACACGGUCACGGAAACCAUGAUCAUGAUCACCACGGCAAUCAUGGUCAUCACGAUCACCAUGGACACCAUGGUCAUUGUCCACAUGGUCACGGAAACCACGAUCAUGAUCACCACGGACAUCACUGUCCACAUGGUCAUGGACACCAUGGAAAUCACGGUCAUCAUGGUCGUCAUGGUCGUCAUGGUCGUCAUGGUCGUCACGGUCACCAUGGUCAUCAUGGACAUCACAGUCAUCACCACAGUGCUCCAGAAGAUCAACAACUAGUUGAUAUUCAUAAGGUAAAGUGUGAGUUUGAUGAGAAUAUUAUCCAUGAGAUUACUUGUUAUGCUCGUUCUAAAAAGUUGGAAGAGGAAGUAGCCAGCAACCAAGAACAAACUAAGGACGAUAAGACUGUCCAGUUUGAUAUCAACAUUGAUAUGGAUGAUGAAGAAAUUGAUUGUGGUAAGGACAACUCUUCCAAGUGCCACUUCAAGCAAUCUACCGGUCCCUAUGACCGUCCGUGUGGUGACAAAGAACAAUUCCGUAGCCGUGGUUGGGGAAGAAGACAUGGUCGUAGAGGUAACCAUUUCGAAAUGCCAUUCCCAGAGGAUUUCCAAGGUUUCGGUCACUCUGAAUUUGCUCACCCAGGAUUUGGACACCAUCAUGGUUUCGGUCAUCGCGGAGGUUUCGGUCACCACGGUUUCGGUCAUCAUGGAUUCGGUCAUCGUGGAGGUUUCGGUCACUCUGAAUUUGCUCACCCAGGAUUUGGACAUCAUUAUGGAUUCGGUCAUCGUGGAGGAUUCGGUCACCACGGAUUCGGUCAUCAUGGAUUCGGUCACCACGGAUUCGGUCAUCCAGGAUUCGAAGACUAUGGAUAUGAUCAUCAUGAUUAUCCAUGCCAAUAUGAAUCUCAUGGAAAUCCUCAUUGCCAAAAGGAAAAGACAUCCAACAACAAAGAUGAAAACAACAACAACAACUAA